AUGAGAAGUGAUGCAACUUCAGUAACGUUAUCUUCUGGCCUUCACCUCCUCCCAACUCGGCUAGGCUAUCUAGUGUCUGUAAAACCUGUCCAGGCACGGGUAAAUCAACUGGCAGGCGAGGAACUAGAAAAAUGGGACCAGUAUUGGCUUAUGGACAUUUCCAUUCAUACAACAGCUUCUCCCGAACCUCCAAAAAUUCCAGAAGAACAGGAAAAAUUUAAAAGUAUCGGACUAUGGACAAUGCUGAUAUGGAAAUGUUUGGCCAGUCCGAAAAAGAACCACGCAGUGCUCAAGAUCAAAAUGUUUGGCGAAAAUUCAAUGAAACAAUAG